UGGUGUGUGUGUAGUCUUCGGCUUCCUUCUGCCUCUUUUCAUACGCUCCUGUCACGCCUCUUUUUCUCUCCCCCUCGUAUACGUCCUUUCCCCUCUCUUUUAUCAUCCGCUGUGUACGUUGUCGUCGUCGCUUCGUGCCGUCCUAUGCCCGUGCGCACAGGCUUUUUAAUAACAGUGAAAGCGCGUGAUGCGUGAAAACCGCCAUUUCCUAGACACUGAGGUGGACUUCGAUGUGAUGUAGUUCUUGGUAAAAGAAAGAGAGAGAGAGAAAUCAGUUUUCGACCUGAAAAUGAUCGAGGACACGAUCGUCGGCUCCGAAGACGCGGCUGCUGCCUCUCGCUCAGUGAAAUCGAGGACUUCAUCAGUGACAGAAACCUACGAUCAUGAUCACGUGAGAGUCUCGGAAAGAGAGAGGGGGGCGCUCGAUAGUGCCCUGUAGACCCUUUCCCCGCCUGCGAGAGGGGGGCCCGGUGAUGCCCCCUUCGAGGCUGCUGCACAGGGGGACAUGGCUCAGAGAGUCCCCCCGGGGAUUGGUCCCCACAGCGAGGAUGGGGCUUCGGUGGAUGCGCCCCUUCCCUCCAGUAGCCUCACACCGCUGUCAGACGCCGAAGGGGGAGGAGUCGCAGCAGCAGAAGCAGAAGCUUCGAGAGGAGGAGGAGAAGGAGGAGGAAGAGGAAGAGGAGGAAGAGAAGACAGCAGGUGCUCUCCUCCGCCUUCUUCAGCGUCGUCGCCUCCCAAAGCCUGCUGCAGGUGCGGCGACCUCUUCUCCAUCCUCUUCAACAAGCGAGUGACCUGCGGAGGGUGCCACCUCGCCGUCUGCAGGAAGUGCGCCCCGUGGAACGCCAGCCACAAGGCCUACGUCUGCGGCGAGUGCUCCAGACCUCCCUCCGAGCGGCGGAGGGGCGGCGGCGUUGGGUCCUCGCCUGAUGAAUCCCAUCUGAAGGAGGUGGAGGCGAGCGUGCGCAGUCACAUCGAGUCCCUCGUCGAGAAUCAGGUGGGAAGUCCACUGGACCAAGUCACUGCCGAAGCCAACGUUUCCACCUCUCACCGCCAGAACAUCUUCAGGAAGCACCACGGAGUCCUGAGCUACGAUGUAGGGAGACUUUCGUACUCACUGCAAAUGUCAAUACUCAAUCGGCCCCUGCCUGCGGAGGAUCUACCCACGUCCCGCCACGCCCAACUCUCCGAAGACGUCACUCAGGCCAUCAAAGAAGCCAUGAUACUGCCUGCCAAAGUCGAGGGUUACGAGCCCGCCGCCUCCCCAGAAACACCCGUCGAGGAUUUCAAUUCUCAUACUUAUGAGGACAUCUUAGCCACUGCCAUACUCAAUAAGGUUUUAGAAUCUUGUGAAGGCGAACGACCAGAUGAGGUGACAAUAGAGGUCAGUCAUGAGGUCACCAGCACAGACACUGACAGUGGUAUGUCAGGAGGUGUUAAGGAAAGCAGACGAAGGCGCGGCAAGAGAAGCGAAGUGAGCGAAGCCGAUGGGUCAGAGUGUAGCGAUGAACGAUCGCUCACGCCUCAGAGGUCACGCACGCCGCCCGUGAGUCCUGACCAGGGGGUCGUCACUGACGAUUCUUGGGCCCAGGCGGCUUCUGGAGACGGUCCUCCCUUGCAGUUCAAGAUUGAAGAACACGUCGAGGAGAUCACCACUCACCACCUGACGGACGACGAGCAAGAAGAUCUCGAGGGCUUCGAAGACGAUGACGUCAGCGACUCGGGUGGUUCCUGGAGAGGGUCGAGGUGCUCUCUAGACGACUCCAAAGGGAGGCCGAAGCGGAGGGAGAAAGUAAGUCACCACACUGGUGUAGCAGAGGAUGGCCUCCUGUCCACACUCAACAUCCCUCUCCCUGACCCCUCAUUUGCUGCCUCCAGGAGAGUGUCCUUUCCUGAGCUUGGGGCAGAUAUCAUUCAAGAUUCCUGUUCAGAUGCUGAGUGCUGCUCUAUAGGACCCGGCGACAUGAUUGUGGAGGCUGAAUCUUGGGAGCAGAAUUGGCUCUUCCGCCGUCAGAAGCUCAUGAAGGGAAAUGCUUCUGAUGCUGUCACUAUGCUCAUACCCAACCCUGACAGUCACGUACCCGCCACAGUUGGCAACAGGGAUGUGGAUGAGUUGUCGGAGUUAUCAGAGAGACAGAGUUUGGGCAGUGGAGAGCCUUGGAGUACCAGUGACAGUGAAGGAGAGUAUGAUACCAAAGGAGAUAUUUAUUGCACCUACCCAGCUUCGAGGGAACUCUCAACUCUUGCAGGAGAAAUUGUGGCAGAAUUUGCACAACAGGACCAUGAAUACACGGUUGAUUAUAGCGUUCCAAGUCGUGUUACAGCUUCAGGCUCACCUGACACGAGCUUAAUCCGAACGAAGCCCCCAUUGUCAGAGAAAUCAAGUCCCCAAGGACAGAAUGCCAAUUUUAGUCAGGUACCGAGUGGAUACAAUGCAAAUAGAUCGGUAGAUGGCAUUAGGAAUCCCGCUGUAAAUGACCGAGGAGGUCCACACUCAGAAACAAACUCAAGAUAUGAUGAUGAGAGACCAGUGCCAAAGCCAAGAAAAUUGUCUCUUGCAAAUUCCUCUUCGAAAACUUCACUAAGAUCUCCGGUCCAGUCUAUGGCCUCCCCAUCCGAGGACCUGAGCAUUCUGAGUCCGCCAUUAGAUGUGCCUCAUCCGAAGAACACCAGUAGUAACAGUGAUACAGUUUGGUUCGUAGGAGUCCCAGAGGACUGCACCAUUAUGCAAGGUCGCACUUUAAGGCUCGUAUGUCAGGUCAACACAAAGAGACCUAUGGGACUAAGUUGGUACCACAAUGGAUCGCUGGUGUCUGUGAAUGGACGAGAUAUGUGGGCCUGGAGGAGAGGGUCUUAUCACUAUCUUCACAUUUAUACCAUGUCCUCCACAAAAGCAGGGACAUACGCUGCAGCUGCCUACACAACAGCUGACUGUGUCUGGGCAUAUUGUCAAGUUGAACAUAAAGCAUCUUCAAGACCACAGAAACGCCCAACUUUCUCAAAAGGACUCUCGGAUAUCAUUCUUGAAGCAGGAACAGAACUUCAGCUUCAGUGCCAAGUGACAGGUCAUCCUGAACCUCGCGUUAUAUUUUCCAAAGGCUCUGAAAAACUCGGUCAGUCUUCCCGGGUUUCCAUAGAGAAUGAUCAGUAUGGAACGUGGACGUUAAAAGUCUCCGACUGCACUGUGUCAGACUCUGGGGAGAUAUCAGCGACAGCCACAAAUUCUAUAGCAGCCAUAAGUACGCGGUGCCAAGUAAGGGUUGUACCUGAAGGCACAAUUAUAAACCAAAACCAAAAUUCGGAAGAUUCAGGACGGCAAAGCACGUCGGCUGCUAAGCAGCGUGGGCCACAUAGCUCUAGCAGUAACCGUCAUAAAUCUGGGAAAGCCAUGAAAUACGACUCACAGUCACACAACACUGGAUCUUCUCUACCACUUCACUCUUCAUGGUCUAGCCAGAAUAACAUUCCUCCGUUAACAUCUAACACAGACCGUUGUUUUAAUCAGUCUCCGGAUGCCAUUACUAAUGGAGACGAUAUCACUGACAUUCAGCAGGUGCCAACUAAACCAGGUACAUGUCAGAAGGAUGCCACAAUAUGUCCUGUUUGUCAGCUAGAAGUAGAGUGUCAGCAUGCGUUCGCGUGUAGUGACGAUGGUGUGAUGGGAAGCAAUCUUUUAUGUGGAGACGAGUUGGAGUUGCUUGGUGCUAAUGAUUGUUUGGUUUCUGAUCCUUCUGUGCAUGGAUUAAAUGAAUUAGAUCUACUAGACCUCUCUCAAGUAUCAGAUGAUGGUUUUCCUUCCUCUGAUGUUCCUUUGGGUACUACGCUUGAUCUUGAUUAUUAUCCCUCCAGCCACGAGGACAAUUCCUCGCUUCCCUCAGAUGAUGAGGAGAGAAUGGUGGCUAUCGAUCUCAGCCCUGAACACUCCCUGUCCUCAUCUAGUUCAUUAGUUGAAGCUUUAAACCCUGUGCUUGUGUUAAAUUCCCUUAGUUCAUUUUCUUCCACUGGCCAGCAGCAUGCUUCUAGUACCUUCAGAUCCAAUAAUAACCUGGAGCAUGGAGAAUGCCUUGAAAGUGAUCAGACUUCAGGCCUUGCACUACAUCAAGGGCUGCCACCACAACCAGGAACGAUAGCAGAUCGUGAGCAUCGUAAGUGGGAAGCAGCUGUACCCAUAGCUAAUAAUCCUUAUGCUCCAGAAAGGCUAGUUCGUCGUCUUUCAAACUUCCGUAGCUCCACUCAGACAUUGCCUUCACGCCAUGGUAUCAAAGUUGACUUUUCUGACAGUGGUGAGGGAGACUUGGACCCCAGCUUACGGAACGGUGUGCCACCUCAGGCAGAUCUAAAUAGGUAUAGCAGAGACUAUUACAUAUCUUCUAAUUCCGCUGCGAGGCAAUGCACUUACACACAAAUGAAAGGUCAGCACAAAUUGCAGCAAUCAGCAUAUCAACAGUUUGAGCAGCCACUACCUCAGAAGAAUUCUUCUUCAGUGUCACUUACAAAUGGGGUUCAGGAAGAUGCUGGAGACCACUCACAGAUCUCCAAGAGUCAGGUUCAUAUACACAUUUUUGAAAAAGGAGGCAAUGCAACUACAGUUUCUAGAGUAGCAACAAAUUUACAACUAAAUAGACAAGAAAGAGCAAGUGAUAUCGAAACUUCCAAGCCAAAUGACUGGAAAGAUGAGCUUAAAGAUAUACAGUCUGCACGAGUAGAGCAAGAGGUCGCUCGUUUCCAAAAGACAAUUGAUGAAACACAACGUCGCUGGGAAGCCAACUAUGCCCGUCAUGCUCCAAGAGGUCCCAGUAAUAUUCAGUCAGACAGCUCUGCAGAAGUCCUUCACAAUCCUCGCCAAUCUGUGUAUUUAGUUCCACCUCGACAUGAUCUCUGGAGAACAGUAAGUGUAGAUACAAUUAGUACUCCUCCACAAGAAAAAGUCCUUCUGGAACCUCUCCAGAGACAUACUAGUGUUGAUAAUCUUCGUCUGACAAAGGUUUCCAACCUGAGGAAUUUGGGAUCAGCUGACCAGCGCCAAACAAGUAGUGUGAACACUGUGAGUAGUAUCAGCAGUAUUAAUCUAAACAGUAUCAAGGUGUCUAGGUACCAACAUAACCCACAACACAGACAGUCAGUGGAAAGUAUGAGUGGAUAUAGUGAUGGAGAAAGCCAUGGUGACGGAAAUGAGACAGAUGUGUCGACUCGCACUCAAGAUGAGAUUCCUAUCUUACCUUCAGUUAAAAAGUUAGCUUCAAAAUUUGACUUGGCUAGCCAGGAAAGAGUCAAUGACCUCGACAAGCACGAGACAGAUGGUACUCUUACUUUUUAUGGCAAGAAGAACAUCUUUCUCAGUGAUAAGUCUCCUACAGAUCAACCCUACAGCCGUAACUUCACCAACAAUUUAAAUAAAAGAACUGAGAAACCUUAUACCAUCAAGGAGGUAAGGCCUUUGCCAAAUAAAUCAUCAGCAAGUAGUAGUCACAUCAGCCCUUCAUCAGACAAUGACCUACAAAACAGUGAUCCCGACGAUUCAGAAUUUGAUGACCAAACAACCAUAGCUAGCGUUAGUCUUCCUCCUACUCCAUACUCACUGGAUGGUAGAUUGAGCAUAAGUACUUCCAGUCUUUUAGACAAUGACUCCUGUUUCUCACCAGACUAUAGGGACUCAUAUAGAUCAUUACCAACUGAAACUAACACAAAAACUAUUUUUGGAGUUACUCUUCGUAGAGUAACCCCUGGUAUUAAUAGCAGUAGAGGAAGUAGAAGCUAUGGUUCAAUUUCCAGCAUUUCCUCUGAUGAAGCUUUCAGAUGGCCAGCAAACAGACCGAUGAUGCGCAGGUUCUCAAGCAACAGUAGCUUCACUGACUAUGAGAAAGGUACUUCUCAUGGCUAUACAGAUAGUGAUUCAGAUACCCAUAAUGCACUAAGGCAAGUUACAAUUAUCAAGGUUCACGACAAACGUAGACCAGAGUAUCAAAGUUUAACAAAUUUAUCAAAGGAAGAAUUCUCAGGAUUUAGGAAUCAAAGAAACUUCAGAAGUACACUUGACCUUAGAUCAGAUGUACAAGCAACACGAAGUGUGGCAGAACAAAAAGUAUUCAUCAACAAUUUUUCAACAAGAAACUCUGGGAAGAGCAUGCCAGAUUUAUCUAUACCCCCUUCUUCAGCAUUUGCCCCUAAAGGAAAGAGGAGAUCUAUGCAUGAGUUUUUGAAAAGUUAUCGGAGGCAGAUGUCAUUACAUGAAAUAAACAGGAUUGAUGAAAAAGUUGAGGAUGAAUUCAGUACCCAAAAGACAGGUAACUUUACUGGUCAACAUAGAAAUGAUAAUAUAGUAGUGACAAAGUCUCCACUUAAGAAGGCAGUGAGUAACAUUGAACUUAAUUCAAAUGCAAGAGCCAAUUCCCUAAGUUCUCUCAGCUCUGUCAAUCCCUCAUCUGAAAAGGAAAGUAAAAGUAAGAGAGGUAAAUUAAAUGAGGUUGUAACUGAAAGUGCAAAUUGUUCAGUUGUUGACAAGAUCAGUUUAGACAAAGAUUCAAAAUUAGAAACAAGUAGUUGGAGUGACGAUUUUGAUGAAAAUGAAUCCCAAAUUUUGCUAUCUAACUUGGAUGAAUCAAACAUAGAAACAGCAAGAACUGUUGAUGGAGGGGUUUGCCAAGACCAUGCUGUUGUGCAACCAAAACAAUCAAAACGUAUUUUAAACAUGAGUAAAUCCAUGCCCUCAAUAUUUGAUGAUUCUUCUGCUAAAGAACAACCCAAAGCUAGAGUGACAAAAAAAACAAGUAUGUCUGAUUUUUUGAAACUUUAUUCCAAUAUCACUUCCUUAUCAGAAAAGAGUGCUUUUAGUAAACAGAGUAGUACAGUUCAAAAAAAUAAAGAAAACAAGACUGUUAUAACUAUAUCUAAUUCUGUCGAACCUCAACUACAUACUAAACAUGUAUUAAAUGAACCUGAGGUGUCUACCAAUGAACCACAAUUCCACUUGCAACCAACACAUGAGUUGAUGCAACCCAAAGUGAAUAAAAAUUAUAAUGAAGUUAUUUUGGAACCUAAGCCAGACAAAGUAACAGAACCUCUUAAGUUUAAUAUGGGAAAUGACCAUCAAACAAUAAUAACACUUUCAGGAGACACAUCAGUCAAUGAGAGUGAGGAGAGUUUAUUCCAUGCAAGUAUUGUGUAUGUUGGAGAUGAUCCAGAUAUAGUAGUUAAUGCAACUUCUGAAAAAGGAAAUACUCAAAGUAACUCAAAACUCAUAUUUGUAAAAGAUAGUCUCAAUGAACUGGGAGAUACAGUUGACAAUAAACCCCCAUUCCGUGGUGACAGCAUGAAUGUCAAAGGUAGUGGCAGCCAUGUAACUGUUAUUUCUGUUGAAGAACCAAUAGUGCCAAGCUCUCCAAUUUCACCAGUGUCUGAUGUCACAGGCUCAUUAUCUGAAAAUAUUCCAGGUGAUAGUGAUGAAGAAUUUGAUCCAAUUCUUCUUACCAGGAGGAUUGUUGCCAGCUCUCGUCUAGGUAGUAGCAACAAACCUUACAGGAAGAAGAAAGUCAACAUAUUAAAUGCUUCUGUGCCUGUUAAUUCACCAUUUUCUCCUGUCAGUAAGGGAAAGUUGGGUGUCUCAGAAAUGAAGAAUCAUCCUGUAGGUGAACAUUUCACUUCUGUUUCCUUAAAUGAAAAUAUUUCUCCAAAGAAUUUAGGGUCCCAAGAAUUUAAUGAUGAAGGUGUAGACCUCACACUCAGCGAUGCUGACCUGCCACCAUCAGCUAGUGAAUCAAAAUCUACAAGUAGUCUCGACAACAUCGACAAGGAGGGCAGUGAAACAAUGGUACUGUGUCAUUGAGAUGAACGUGCAUGGCUGUGGAUCUUAAAGGUUCAGAACUGAGGUACACAGCCUGACUGCCCGCAGUGUUCCACGUCAGUUCCGAGAAGGUUUACGGAAUCCUCAACGGAUCACGACACAUAAUGUUAUACAAAAGCCUCAAUCAAACCCUAGUUCCUGUUCUCCUCGACGAGAUGCUCCAUCACCUGAGCAUCUUGGAAUUCCUUGGGGUCCUGCAGCAAUUCCUGUUCGU